UUGCUAGAUGAUGCUAGUUUGAUUGAAAUUAACAACUUGAACAUUGCAGAAGUGUGUGUAUGUCGGUUGAUUUGAGAGAUGGGCUAUGACUAAUGUCGCAUAAAUCAAAUAAACUAUUUAAAUACGACACAGAUGUCGUGUUCUUAUCUGCAGGACCACCAUUAAUUUUUUUUCUUCUUUCCUCUAAAAGUUUACAGUCAUCUCUAGACAGCCGUUGUUACAAUAGUGAUUUGAAUCGAUACCAAAAGUAAUAGCAUUAUUUAUUCUUCAACAGGUGUAAACAGUGGUAUUCAUGAAUAUAUAGAUGUCCUUUAGGUCCAGGAAUUCAGGAAGGGCGUUGUUACCGUUUGGGUUGGAUUACAGUGAUGUAUUAGCCAAUAAUCAUGAAACUGAAAAACCUCAAUUAGUAUUACCUGUUCAUGGAUCAUUGAAUGAAUAUGAAAUCUUAUCAUCUAAACAAUCGAUUGCUUUCACUCAACUAAUGGUCGAUGGGCCAUUCUAUACAGGUAAUGUUGAUAUUAAUGGUGAUAAGAAAUCACCAUCCCAAUCAAAUACAGCUCCAGAUGGUAUCGCUCGAUAUUCUGAUCGUUAUAAAAAAGUUAAAAAAAUUGGUAGAUCAAUAGAAGAACAUCCUUAUCAAUUAGAAUUCUUUCCUGAAGAGUUAUAUAGUGUGAUGGGGAUUUCUAAUAAACAAAAGAAAAAAUUACUUUCAUUAUCAUCUUUCAAAUCAAAUGGUGGUUUAAAAGAAUAUUCGAUUGAUGAAAAUUCUGAAUCUGAUAAAGCAGCUUCAAUGUUGGAAAGAUUAAAAGAUAUGGCUGAAGAAUUGGAUGAAGAACAAGAUAAAGAUGAUGAUGGUGAAGAUCUUGAAGAAGAACUCGAUGAUGAAUUUGAUGAAGAUGAAGAUGAUGAUUAUAAUGCUGAAAAAUAUUUCGAUGAUGGUGAAGAUGAUGGUGGUAAUGAUGCUGGCAAUGAUGAAGCUGCCUUUUAGUUGUAAAAGUUUUAAUUUGCUAAAUUCAAGUGUAUAUUAGAAAGUUCAUAUAUAUGUAUAUAUAUAUAUAA